UGCGCUCCCUGGUUAAUGUAUAUAAGAGAAGCGGUUCAAACCAUGUUCACAGUAGACCAACGGUAGACAUGAUCGGGAAGAUAGUUCUGUUUCUUGCGACUUUGGCUCUAGCUAGAGCCCAGAUUCCCAGUCUGGGUUUCUGUCCGGAAUACGUGCCUAUGGCGAAUUUUAACAUGAGUAAGUUUUUGGGUGUUUGGUACGAAGCCGAGAGAUACUUCCAGUUGACUGAAGUAGUAUCACGGUGUGUAAUGGCUAACUACACACAGAGCCCUGACGGUAAAUUCCGUGUCAGCAAUGAAGUUACCAAUAGAUUCACGGGAAUCAAGAGAAUACUGGAGGGAGAAAUCAAAAAAGCUGUAUCGAAAGCUGAAGAAGGAAAACUGACUGUAAAAUACACAAUACCAUUAACUCCUGAAACUAAAUAUUCGAUACUCGAAACGGAUUACGAAUCUUACGCCGUGAUGUGGAGUUGUUCUGGUGUUGGACCAUUCCAUACACAAAAUGCCUGGGUCUUGACAAGAGAAAGAUUGGCACCAGGAACAGUUUUACAGAAGGCUUACGCUGUCCUGGACAAGUACAAAAUUUCCAAAACAUUCUUCAUAAAGACGGAUCAAGACGACUGUGCUUAUUUGGACGCGACACCGACGAAGCCAGCGGAAGCAGAAACACAAAGUGAAAACAAGCCAGAAGAAGCGUCAGAGACAAACAAUGAGAAUGUUAGGUCUGUAGUUCCAGAUGCACCGGAGGUAAUUGUUGAAAUGAAAAAGGAUAAGGAAAAGGCGAAGCAGCCUGAAUCCGUCGAUAACGUGAAGACGCCGGUUAAUACGGUUCCUGAACGUAUCAUGGAGGUGGUAGACACCGCGAAAGAAGAUCCGUCGAUAAUUGAUGCGAAACUAAACACAAAGAAAGCCAGUGAGCCUAUAGUAGAGAAAGCGGACGAAGAUUCGAAGCGGACAUAGGAAAUGACGAUGUUGCGGAUAUAUUUAAUUUCAAUCGUAGCAAGCGCCGCCAUGGCACAAGUACCAUUUUUAGGGUCCUGCCCUCUCGUGGAAACUAUGCCAACCUUCGACGUGAAAAGGUACUUGGGGAAAUGGUACGAGAUCGAGAAGUACUUUGCAUUCUUCGAGUUCGGUGGAAAAUGCGUGACUGCGACUUACAAUGAAGGAGAGGGUACCUCGCUCAACAUCUUGAAUAAGCAGAUAUCUGCUUUAACUGGAGUUUCUUCAAGUAUCGAAGGUGUUGGAAAACCAGUUCUCAAAGCGGAAGAUGCAAAACUAAUUGUUACGUUCCCGACCUUGCCCCUUCCAGUAGAUGCACCUUACUGGGUCCUUGACACUGACUAUACAACUUACGCUGUCGUGUGGAGUUGUUCGAACUUCGGUGUGUUUAGUACGAGGAACGUCUGGAUUCUGGCAAGGGAACCGAAGCCACUUGUUCCCGUUUUAGAGAAAGCUUAUCAAGUGCUGGAUAAAAAUAACAUAAGUAGAGCAUAUUUCAUCCGCACAGAUCAGAAGAACUGUCCUGUAGGAAAUUAAAUGAUAUUGUAUUAAAUAUCAAAACAGAUUUGUCCAAACAAUAUAGUUUUGUUGCAUUGUAAAGUAAGUUCACUGUAAUGAUGUUUUGUAGAUCACUAGAUUUCGAAGAUCAUAAUUUUGUAUGAUUGUGCGCACUUUGUUUCGUGAUUAUUAAGUUAUUGAUCUAAUAUUAGAUUGUAUACUAGAUCUUUUGUUUGU